CGGUCACCCAGAGGACCGAGGGAGGCAGGAGGGCACAGGGCAGUAUGUAUACAGCUACUUACGGCCAUAAUUAGUUGUUCUCACCGCCUCACUGGCUUCAUUUGAUUUAUUUCGGAGACACUGAGCACGUUUCGGCGGUGGUCGUCAACAAUGUUUUUGUGCCGCACGGGGAGGCUGUCUGCAGCGGCUCGGGAUCAGGCUUUCAAGUCGGCGGGCUCGUUUCUAGUGCAUGUCAAAGCAAACACACCGAGGGACGUCACUCUGACAUUACGUAAAGACUACACGUUUCAACGACUCCGGUGUUUGUGUUUAUCCGUCGAUGCAACUCUUGUGCACCUGGGGAAACAGCAACCGGACCUGCAGCCCGGCCACAACCGGGACUUAUCGUGCGCUUUGGACUGGGGACACUUUGACCGAGCGGCUACUAUAGCUGUCUCCAAACGCGUGCACAGUAAAGGCAGUUAUACAGAUAUUAUCUCACAGCCUCUCGUGUUUGCUAAAAGACGCCACAGCAGCAGCAGAGAGUCUGUGGGUAAUGGUUUGUUUACAGGUCUCUCCAGUCCACUCAGCUCUACGGGGACCAUGCAGACCAGAUCAUUUUCCACGAAGAAGAGCGACGCCGGCGAGGAGCAGACAGCGAACAACAAAGAGAGUGAGCUGAAUGUAAAGGAGGCCUCUACUGCCUCGUCAUCUACAGUGGAGACAGAGCCAGAGGGAGCGAAACCAAACAAGACCCAGCAGCUAAAGAAAGUCUUCAAGGAGUAUGGAGCGGUGGGAGUUUGCUUUCACAUCGGGAUCUCCCUCAUGUCCCUGGGAAUGUUCUACCUCCUCGUAUCCAGUGGGAUCGAUAUGGCGGCCGUGCUGUGCAAAGUGGGCUUCAGCGAGGAGAUCGUUCGGUCCAAAAUGGCAGCAGGGACGAGCACGUUCGUCUUGGCCUACGCCAUCCACAAGCUCUUCGCUCCGGUUCGCAUCAGCACCACUCUGGUGUCCGUGCCUCUCAUCGUGCGCUACUUCAGAAAGACUGGUCUCUUUAAACCACCCACACCUGCACCCUGAUGACCCUCUGCUGAAGCAACAAACAUCCUGACUGUUAAAGGCCAUAAUUAAAACGCCUGUAUAUAUCCUUACUCAUUUGACUACAUCUAGAAAAUGUCUCGUUUUCUCAGUUGUGAAUUCAGGUGAAACAUAUCCUUCAUUAGCUCCAGUUGCAGUUACCGUAAGUCUGAAGUGUAACAAACAAGCGUAUUGGAGUCAUGUCUUAGUGUGUGUGCAUUCCAAAAAAAAAACACAAAUAUUUAUUUACAAUCAGAGGUAUGAUCAGGGAUUUUAAGCUCUUUCAGUGGGCUGGUUUGUCUCUUAAUGCUGUGAAGGUUCCCUGUGGGGACGAGUGGAAAAAAAGCUGAUCUCUCCUCCACUGUUCCCUGUUAGCUGACUAGGCCAUGUUCUGGUGUAAUGUGAAUCAGCAGAAUAAUUCAGGUUCUCUCUGUCUCCUACCUCUCUCCUCACUAAGCCCAGACACACACACACACACACACACACACACACACACACACUCUCUCUCUCUCUCUCUCUCUCUUUCUGCUGUUGUUUUGCUUCCCUGCUAUUUUUCUUAACUCCUCUCCUGGCAUCCAUUUUCCUUCCCAUAUAUCCCUUAGCUGUUCCUCUCCUCCCCUUUUCUCUUACUCUUGUUCUUUAAUUCUGCAAAUGCCACUGCCCAAGCAGCAAUGUCGAGUACAUUAAUCUGUGAGUGAAGCUGACCGUGGUUCAUUGCAAGCUUUGGGUGAAGAAUGUUGGGUUGUCUGGGUUUCUUCUGAUUGAAUGGAUUGUAUUUAACUAUUAAAAGGGAAGAUCUCUUUUAUAUAUUCUUUGUGCUUUUGUUACAAAAUACUACUAUGGCUGAGCAAUAUUCUGUAGAUAUCAUGUAAGAUUUUGGAUAUCGUGAUAUGCCAUAAGUGUUGUCUUUCCCUGGUUUUAAUGAAUGCAUUACAGUAAAAAGAUGAAGGUUUCUUAACUUA